ACCCGCACGGAUUUUGACUUGGGGUGCAAUUCAGGGUGACUUCCCAUAAGGCCACCCAUCCUUGUUGUACCCACACUGAGCAAGUUUAACUUCGGAGUUCUCACAAGAACUCCUCCGUUUCACCCCAAAACGCGUCUUGUGAGUUAAGGUCGGUUUCUUACUUAUGAACCAUGGAUCUCUCCCUUGCUUUGUCGAUGUGGGAUUCGCCUAAGGUGUUACAAAAGUUCUUUGAUCUCCGGAGUCGAGGAAGCACCAGUUACCGCCCCCAUGUGGUGAGGAAGUUCUACCACAAUUUAGAGCUUUCUGGUCCCUGUGAUUCUCAUCUCGUGUCGAUCUUCCUGGGACAUAGAGUCUGCCUCCAGCCUCAUCAGUUAGCUGAGAUCCUCGAUCUCGCCGCCGGAGGACACCCCAUUGAGAGCAUAAGCGAUCUUGGGCGGCUGUACGAUUUUGAGUUUGAAGUUGAACUGGCGAAACUCACAAAGGGGCGCAUCAAGGCUUCUUUCCUCCUAGAUCCUCUUCGAUUCCUCCACUGGAUGAUCGUCAACUGCUUCCUGCCAAGGUACCGUGGUCAUUCGAUUAUUCGUAAACUUGACUUGUUUAUCCUUGUGCAAGCUCAAAGAGGUGUUCCUGUUAACCUCGCAUCUCUGAUGUGCCUGAACAUUGUUGAGGCUGCUCCUAGAGGGGAAAACUAGUACACUGCCUUUCCAUAUGCCACCUUCGUGACCACCUUUCUUGAAAGGGUUGGGAUGGAUAUGGGGGUUUAUGUUAAGGAGGACCAGUGCGCUUAUUUGCCGGUGUACCGUAUAGCCGACUUGACCAAUACUUUUAUUGACCUUCGGCAUACGGAGCAUCAAGAGACCCCUGAGGCCUCCUCAAGCAAACCUCCUAGGCUUACAUGAGAGUCAAUUGAUGCAGGGCGGGGUGGAACGUUGGAGCAGCAAAGGGGCCAGCAAUGGAUGUCUUCUGUUAACAAGUUUCCUAAGUCUUUGUUGGGUUUUUUUCCAGUCUUUUGUCUUUUCCUUAAUUCUCCAGCACUCAAAACUGUCAGGUACUGAGGGGAGCCAGUACAUCAUCUGACUAGGAAAGUCUCCCAUUUUUUGAAUUGUCCAGGCCAAUAUUUUUCUAUGCAUGCAGUAUUUUGUGAAUUUUCCAUGGCUAAGUUCCCUAAGACAGGUGACGAGAUGCAGUAAUGGUCAUCUCCAAUUGUGCAAUUUUUGUGACUUGCAAGAUGAUGUGGCAAGGAGGUGCAAUUGCAUCUCUAAAUUGCUAUGAUGUGAGAAGCUAUUGCAAGGGUGCAAAUUUGCUUGCAAUUGAAAUGGGCCCACGAGUGGGGACUAUUGAUGAAAUUGCAAUUGACUUUCAUUGUUGUUGAGAAGUGUUGUUUUCUCAAAAUUAUAGAAGUGGAAGUAGGGACUACCUAUGAAAUUGCAAAUGAAUUUCAUUGGGGGAGAUUUUAAUCCGCUUUUGUUCUAAGCAGUUCCAAUUAGGUCGAAGAAUGUGUUACUUAUUUCAUCUUCAUUUUUUAAUGGUUUUCGAAAAUUAUGGUUUUAUUUAUAUUUGGUCACAAGUAUAGUGACGAUGAUAGGCGUGAAUAGUAUGGAUAUGGCUUGAUUAUAAUGAUUUUUUAUCUAUGGUGGUUUUUCCCCUUUUUCAUCAAGACUCGUGCUUCUUUUAUUCCCCCGGUGAAUCUAUCAUGCUUCGUUUAUAGUAAAAUACCCUUUUAAUUAUACACAAUAAAGAAUUCAUUGAUUA